GAUUUGUACUACGUAUUAAAAUGAAAUUAUAUAUAUCUAUGUAUCGAAAAUUUCAAUUAGCCCAUCAUAGCCCACCACAAAUAUUACAGAUAGAGUAGAGCUGAAUAAAAGUAACUAUUAUAAGGCAGGCGACAUACCCAUUUAAUUGUCCUUGCCUCAAAUUUGGCCGCUUUUCAAAAGUGGAAAAGGAAAUGUCAAAUUAAUAAACCCUACCAAAAAAGUUGUCAGUGAUCCAAACUAAAAAUUAAAGAUAAGAAAAUAGUUCAGUACAGAAAAGUACACACAAAGAAAAUGGACAACCCCAAGGCCAAAUCGCAGGCAGGCGGAACGAAAUCAAAACAGAAAUCAGAAACAACCGAUGACCUGCCGAAAUUUAUAUAUCCACUGAUAUUACCGCCCUCCUUGCGUAGUCCAACUGCUGAUGCUACGCCCCUUGUGGGCACUAGGCGACCUCGACGACGUCCGACUUCAGAAAUUGUCAGCGAACUGCGACGCCUGCGCGCCUCUCCGCUGCGGAUUGAUGACGAAACUGAGUCCUGGGCAAUCGGACACGAGCGUUCUCCUCCGCCGGCAAGGCCAGUGCGCACUCUGGAACAGUUGGAGCAAUUGCGUCUAUCGCGCCAUCGUCUGGAGCAGUUGCUCUUGCGUCCGGCCUUUGAGCAGGCGGUGAGCAAUUGUUUCGUACGAGUCCAUAUUAAUGCGGAAGCGACUGCCGAGAUGCCCGAAUAUCGCAUUGCUGAAGUUAUCACUGCUGUGGAACUGAGUGAGGGGUACUAUGUGGACAGUCCUGUUGAAGCUGGUGGUAAAGGCAAUAGGAAUGGCAGUCUUCCCACCAAUAUGGCAUUGCGUUUACGCUACGACGAUGUCAUCAAACAGCAUGAACUCACCGAGAUAUCAAAUAUGCCAUUCAGUCGCAGGGAAUUUGAAUUGUGGCGCGAUAAUUGCAUCAAUCAGGCAAUUGAGCCGCCAACCAGCGAGACGAUAGCACGCAAAAAGAUUGAACUCUAUAAUGCCCUGAACAGUGAAGCGAAAUCGAUUGCAAUGAUACAACAGGCAUGGACUCUGCCUAUACGCAUGCCAAAUCGUGGUGAUUUGUUGGAACGUCACGGUGCCGUUUAUCCGUGGCAAUUGCAGCGUCCCCCAUUGCCAAAGCCAUCGCCAAUGGCGGUGGGAUCCACUGACACAUCAAUAGGCGAGGCAAGUCUGCUUGCAUCACUAUCGUCAAAGUCAUCCUCGAUGAACAUGUCACAAUCGGAAAGCAGCCAGUUCCAACAACCAGAGGAGCCGGAAAUUGAAAUAGAAGCCAUUAAUGAAGAGCUCGAGGCGCAGCGUUCACUUACUCGUCUCCGUUUGGCCAGUCUAAAUCAUCGCGUCAGGCACUUGAAAUAGAGCACCAACAAAAAAAAUAGUUUCUCCAAAUUCAAUAUGUUGAUUUCAUUCAAAUAAUCAAAAGAAAAAGUACUAAAAAUAA